GUCAAAUACUCACAUAAAAGUUUGUGUGUCUGUAAAGGACUUAGUUGAGCGCCAUGAACGUCAUCAUUUUGGUUUUGUGCAUCGUGAUUUGGUUUUGGAACGCGAUUGUUCCUUGCCGCUGCACUUUGUCGGAAAUACCGAAUUGUGCCUUUGAAGAUACCGUUAACCUAACCUCCAGCAAAAAAUUUAACAACGGCUCCUACCUCUAUGAGGGCGUAUUGGUGCCUCCUGCAUUGACCGGCCACUACGAUUAUGUUGAGCUGUACGAAGGAGAGCGCCAACAGGUGACGAAACAUAUUCGGGGUUGUGUUUGUCAUCUCAAGCAAUGCGUCAAAUUUUGCUGCCAUCCAAGGGCGGAAAUGUAUCGCACUGGAGAUACUUCUUCAAUAGAUUGCGAUAGCGCGCCAAGUAAAGACUUCAAUUACUUGCCAUAUGUAAAUAUUACUAUGCCGGACAGCAGCCAAGUCUUGACGAAUGUGCUGGAUGAAUUUUUGCUGCAGCAAGGGCUUCCAUGCAAUGAAGGGUAUAUGCUUGUGCCGCAUGUAAACGAAAAGGACAAAUGGAAAUUGUUUAAGAAUGGUACUCUAUUACGCACGUUUGAUCAGACGUUCCUUUCGAGACGGGAUUAUUGCCUUUAUGCCUAUGAGGUAAAUGGUCGAUAUGAACUGCAUCCACUGAACUGCUUGACUCAUCACAAGGAGCCCCCAAAACUCAUGGCAAACACUAUCGGAAUGCUGAUUUCUGUCCCCUUCUUAUUUGCAACAAUUUUGGUUUACUGGAGUUUGCCGGAGCUGUGCAACACCCACGGCAAGUGCUUCAUGUGCUACCUGUUCUCUUUGGCCAUCGGCACGACAAUGAUAGUUGCGGUGAACCUGCGAACAUCAGAUUAUGAUAAUGUUACCUGCGAGAUCAUAGGUUAUGUCGCCUAUUUCUUCUUCAUUGCCGUUUUCUUCUGGCUCAACGUCAUUUGCUACGAUAUUUGGCGCAAGACUUCUAACGUUCCUAAUUUGAUGUCACAAAAAAUGUCUUACUUCUACUUAUUCUACGGGUGGGGAGUGCCAUCCCUUAUGGCUACCGUGACCAUUGCGUUGCAGCAUUCCAAUUUACCAGAUGAACUGAAGUCGGGCAUAGGAAAAUCACAUUGCUGGUUGAAAGACGAUGACUGGUCUGCCAUGAUUUACUUCUAUGGACCCGGUUUAUUGCUAAUUAUUUUCAACAUUGUCAUAUUCUACCUGACUGUUAGAAAGAUUUACAGCGUCCGGAAGGAUCUGCAGGAGUUUACAUCUGGUGAAGAGAGCGCCCAACAUCUACGUUCGCAAAAACCUAGUGCGUGGCUAUUCUUUCGUUUGUCCAUCGUUAUGGGUGUCAGCUGGAUAUGGGAAAUCAUCGGCUAUCUUUUUGGAAAUAGAUGCAAUAUUAUUUUGGCAAUAGCAGAUAUUUUCAACGCAUCGCAAGGACUAAUUAUAUUCUUACUGUUUGUUGUGAAGAAGAAUGUAAUCGUUCUAAUAAAAACCAGAAUACUUUGCUAUUUGCGUAAAAAAAUCCAAUGGCUGAAGAUGAAGCUCGAUAAACCGGAUAACUCAAUGGAAUAA